AUGGGAAACAAAACAGAAUGUACCGGAUUUUUAGCACGUACAACCAUCAAACCAGAGACCAAAGCAAGGCUCGACAAAACAGAAAGUAUCAUAGUACGUCGUCCUUCCCUGAAAUGGAACUUUCAUGCUGGAGCAAGAACUAGCAUGAAAGUCGAUCUAUUACAACCAGUGCGGUUGUUCGUAUUUCAUUUUCUUCUUCCAAGCCCUUCGUUCUUAGCACUGAGUUACUUACGGAAUCACAAAUCUCUCUCGCUUCUUCAGCUUGUUCCUGUUCGUCUAUUCGGGACGGGGCAGGCAGCCCACAUACAUGAAGAGAAGAAUAGAGAGGGGGUUAUCCUACUUAAACUUGGGAAGUUUACUACUGGAAAUUGGGAAGGGCUAUAA